UUCUCCGGCAGUGCUCGUCGUGCGGCCCAGUGUUGCUGUUAGUCUCGUGCGCCGCGAGUUCUGUGUGCAGUCGAACAUGGAAGUGUCUCGCAUCCAUCGUCGGCCACCGUCCCUUCAGCGCCAGAGUAGCAUCCGGCUCUGGGAUCUCGGGUGGGGCCUUUGGGGAGCGUUCAAGUUCGUGCUGGCGUCGCUGCUUGCCGGGCCGCUGCGGCGCGCCCGUCUUCUGAGCGGGGAGCCCGACACGCCUUCUUCGCUGACGUCUUCGCCCGAAAAGCAGUCGUCGCGGUGGGUCUCGAAGAGCAGCUUCAAGGCAUCCCAAGUAUGCGGCGGCCGCCGCUCGUGGAUUACGUGGGUGGCGGUGCUGGCCAGUCCGCGCGUGUGGCUGAGCGCCGCCACCGGUUUCGCCUGGUUGCUGGUCGCUCGCUGGACGUCGCUGAUCAACUUGACCCUUCGCUGGAUCUCCGCUUUCUUGGCCGCGCUCAAGGAGGCCGACGCCAAGAGCACCCGACGCCUUGAGGAAGAACUGCAAGGCCACGUACGGGGAUCUACACAUAGAGAGGUCUGCAAGGACGGAGGCAAGAGCUGCGCCCACUGUAGUUCAACCUUCAAUCUUCUCUUCAACCGGAAGCUGGUGUGUCGGGAGUGCGGCCUCUUCGUGUGCCGAGACUGCGCCACAUACGACUCUCGAGACCGGGGAUGGUACUGUCGCCUCUGUGAACAGCAGAGGAGCCUGCGUGCACAGUCCUGUGAGUGGUUUUACGAAAACGUAAAGGUCAAAUUCAACCAUUUUGGAAGCACCAAGGUUCUGCUUUCCCUCUAUGGCCCAAAGAAAACAGAUAAGGCAUCUGAUUUGGGAGCUACAGAGCAAGAAGAAUCUGAUGUUCAGCAGCAUGUGGAAUCUGUAAUUGAGAGCCUCCUAGGCGAAUCACUAGAUUCUGCCUCUGUGAGUCGUCUCUACAGGCACCCUCUUUAUGAAAAGACGUUUACUGAUCACAGAGAAAGUCUAUUGGAGGGUGUUUCUCAGUUUACGCGAGCCCUUCUCAUUGCAUUGCAGGGAAAACAGUGUGAAGGAGACCUGACACCUACAAGCACGCAUGCCAGGCUCAAGGAGCUGAUAUUUAAUCUCACUAAGGAUGUGGAUGCUCUUCCCGCCCUGCAGGAGGAAUGCAAGCCAAAAACGAAAGAUGCAUCUGCCUCUUCUGAUGCUUCGGGCAGUGAAGAUGGCGACGAUGUUGUUUGCGACACUUAUGAGGAGCUUCUCGUUGUUGCUGUCAUCAAUAAGGCUGUUGAAAUGGCUCAACGUAAGUACGCGACGGACGGUUCAACUGGUGAUUUGAAAAAUGCCUGCGAGCCUGACAUCAUCAGGACAGCGAAGAAAGAUCAUAUUGAUGUUGGCUGCCAAUCUGACAUCCCGUUGUCAGACUCUGGACAGGAAGAGGAAGAGUUCACGGAGGAAACUGAGUCUGACGAGUUCUUCUGGUCACGUGUCAAGGAGGACCCGUUUAAAUAUAUCAUUGAGGAGAAAAUUGAGGAGGAAAUAACUGAGGCUUACACGGAAUCGGACGACGACAGGACUAGACCUCUUUCUGACCCCGAGGAAUGCACCAGCAGUUCUCGCAUGCAAGUUCCCUUCACCCUGGAUUUGUCUCGAGAGCAUAGGGUUCCCUUUCCAGAGAUGGGUGUGGACAUUGUCACUCCCUAUGCCUUGGACUCGGAUGAGGAAGAGCUGGAAGGAGAUGAUGUCGACGGCCAUGAGGGCAGUGUCAAAGGCAGUGAUGAUACGCCAGCUCGUAUCUGGACAACAUGUGUGCAGGAUUGGGAGGACAACUGGUUAUUUCGACAGCGCAAGCGCAACGCUGCCCUUGGUGCCUUCAGGGGUGGUCGCUACGCUGCCUACUACGACCCCAUCAACAUGGUCAUUCCUAAUCCCUCAGAUGAUUGUGGACGGGUACGAUUGGGAAGCAAGGACCUUGAUGAACUUUCAGAAAUGUCUGAGAAGCUCUCUGUUGGCUCUUUAGAAUUGUCUAGUGCAUCGGACUCUGAAGAGGACUUGGGUGCAAAUGAAGUUUUUGAUAAGGAGCCCACGAUAGUAGCCGCCAUCAAUGGUAACGGCAAGGGUGCCGCAGAGCCACGGAAAUCUGUAGAUGCUCCGACCAAUUGGAAGUACAAGUCACUUGUAGAGGAUGAAAAAGAUAACAAGAGUUUUCCAAAGCCACAGCUAAGAGCCUCGCUGCAAAUGGUGCAAGACUACAAGAGUUCUGGGAGGCCAUUGACAUCAACGCCAAAAAAGGACAAGAAAGAGCAUGUUUCAGCUGCCAAGAUAAUAUUGAAACAGUUGAGGAUACCCGCCUACUCUGAACCUGGUGCAAGAAAGCAGUGCAAGGACCCUACACUGCGCUUCAGUUUGCAGCCAGAAGCCGAGACCACUUUGCAUUGUGGAAAGAUUGCCAAGUUUGUUUGUGAGGUGUCAACACCCAAGCUUCUGGGUGUUGCCUGGUUUCGAGGCAAAGAUCAGCUGGUGCCAAACGACCACUGUCGGAUUACUAGGAUCCGUGGGAAAGAAUACGUCUUGGAGCUUUACAAUGUCGGCAAAAGUGAUGAAGGCACCUACUCUGCUGUUGCAUACACCGACAAAGACGAGGUCUGGUGCGACUUUGCCUUGGCUGUAAGAGCUACGAGCCGUGCCACAAACGCACCCGACUUCACGGUGGCUCCGCACAUAGUGGAGUUGACUGGAGAUUCCUGGGUGCAAAUUUCAUGCACCGUGAGUGGUUACCCUGAGCCACGAGUUUGGUUCCUACGGGAUGACCUACCCCUUCCUGACAGUGAAGAGGAAAGGUUCUGUGUAGAGAACAAAGGCUAUGGGGAAUGGUGUUUGAGGAUGCAAAGCCCCACACCUGAAGAUGAGGCCAAAUAUAUUGCUGUGGCUGGAAACAGUGCUGGCAGAGCUCAUAGCUCAAUCUCCUUCCGCCUGUCUGAUCUGAAGGUGAAGCCAGCUUCCAAGCGACCAGUCAAAGCAUCCGGUUCUCACGUAAAUAAUCGCCAACCUUCAAAGAGCACCGUGGAAAAGGCAGAAUCUGAAGGAAAGCUGCCAGUCGGGCGGCAACCACCUGUGGUCGUACAGCGCACAUGGGCUGAGCGCCAGGCAGCGAUGCAGCCUGCUAAGGCUGCGAGUGGGGAAAGCUCUCUUACUUACGACAACACAUCAACAUUCAAGAAUGUUGAUGAGCAGACAGAGCUUGUGCCUUCGGUUGAACUGCUGAAUGCGCCGCCAAAACCUGGCACUAUAGCCGAGCGUGAGCAUGCCAAGUGGCUUAAUGCCGUGCCAUUGCCAAACAACCCUUACAGCGUGGAAAACUUGUCGAGGCGUGCCAGUGAAAGCCGCCGAGACUCCUUGACCACUGCCAAAACGGGCUCGUCGUUCGACACACCACUCGAAGAUGACAAUGACGAAGACGGUUUCUGCUCACCUGUGCUGCCGUCUUCCUAUCUACGGGAUUACUACAUCAACAAUCCUAAGCUUGUGGCACAAGUGGAAGCCUCAUCUAUACGACGAUCAUCUAUACAAAGUGCUAAAUCAUUGACGUCUUCUGGGGACCCUGAGGAAACUCUGCAUUCUUUUGAAGAACAGGUUUACUCUAGUCCUAGAAAGGCAUUCCGCCGAACAGCUCAUGUGCAGACACUCACAGCAGCUGUUAGCACUCCUCACCUAAACAUCGAAGAUACAACUGGUUCCAGCAUGGGUGCCUUUGAUUCUGUCAAUGGGACGGGGCGUCGGCGUCGAAGGUCUGAAGGAGAGGAGGAGUUGGGAGAGGAGCUGGGCAACCCAUCAUUGCCCUCAGUGCGGGAACUGGUGCUCAAGUUUGCCAGCCAGUCUGCUCAGUCAGCCAUCGAUGGCUCCAAUUCAGAGAGUCUUCCCAGUCCGGGUCAAGAGUUUCAGAGCAUAUUUCCUGAUAAGAAGGUGAUCUUAGAAGAGAAGGCACUCAAUGGCCAGGGGAGCCCUAUUCAAAAGGAACGUCAUCUAGCAGCUAAAAAUCAAGAUGCUUGGUCAAUCAAAAAGGAUUCUGAUGAGCCAUCAGUAAGACCCCAGCCGCUACCGAGAAAAAGCCUGGUACACAGCCUUACAGCACGCAGCUUGCCUCGGGAGUUCAGGGAGCACGCUCAACGAAAUCUUGUUCCACGCCAGAUGAACCGCACUGUUGUUACAUCGCCCGCGUCCCCACCUGCUUCAGGAACUCUAUCUGAACAAGUGUUCCAGCCCCAGCCACUGCAAGUUCCAGCAGCCAACAACAACAACAGCAGCAACAAUAAUAAUGUUUCAGGCACAGCAGCCGGGGAUGUCACACCUGGUUAUGCCUCCGAUGAGAGUUCUACGAGCUCGUCGAUGGGUGGAGGUAGUGGGGUUCCUAGGCAUCCCUCGAGCAGCAAGCGCCGUCCUCGAGUUGCCGCUGCUCGUGGAAUUCUCCAACGCAGCUCCUACUGGGACCGCCGGGUUGAACAGGGACUUCUUUCAGAUAGUUCGGUUACUGAGGAAUUCCCUCCACUCCAUGAGGGCCACCCCGACAAAACCACAAAGUCCUAAGGGUUUUGGAAUGGCGAUUGUGCUUUGCCUUGCCAUUAUGCCAUUUGCACAUGUGAACGCCAACGUAUAUUUCGGGGUAUGCCACUUUUACAUAGUUAUUUCUCAUUAUACCCGGUUUUUUGUUUUUUUUAUUUUAUUAAGUCUUGACGAUUUAGUAAAGAAAAAUGCUGUUGAUUCUGCUUGAAACCUUUUUUUUUCUUACUUUUACAUGCAAAUGUGGCAUAUCAUUAUUAUCAUCCCUGAGAAUGGGUACUGACAAGUUUUGAGGUGCACUCCCCACAUCCUUCCUUUUUUCUUUUUGAUUUAGCGCUUUCACAUAGCACACAUUAUCGUUUCUGUUGAAAAUAAGAAUGAUGACACAAUGUCUAGCUUUUUUUUUACAUUUCCUAGCUUAGAGCAUUCCAUUGUGUAAAAGCAUCAUUGUCUGUGCAAAAUUUAGGUUUUGUCAAUGCGUAAGAUAUAUUUUUUUUAGUGAUAAAAGUGAAUAAGAUAAAUGUCCGUGUUUUGUUGUAUUUGCCAGACUGCUUGUGCCAGUGUGAUGCAAAAUGUGCGGAACAAAUUAUAAUUGCAGAACAUGUCUGCAGUGUGUUGUAAACAUCCUUCCUUUGAUUGUUGAAUGUGUCUUUGGAGGGUUGCAGUAUUUAAUGAGACUCUUUGCUUAUUACUGUGUCAAACUGGCUAAGCUGCAUUCAUUGAGGAGCGUUGGGCCUAUGUAUUGGUUUAUGCCAGCAUAGGACAUCAUUUGACCAUCACCUAAUGGUCAUUUCCUGCCUACUGUACUUUCAUUGCACAUGGUUACUUUUAUGAAAGCCCAUUCAGAAAAAGUAUCCUAAUGUAUGGCUGACUGUUCUAAAACAGUUUUGCCGAUCGCCUCGUGUUGCAUUGCCUUUGUGCAAGUGAUUUCAAACUUUUGAACUGCAUGGAUGUUGCUGUGCUGCUAUUGUCCCAUGAUUAUUACUUGUGCUUUAUCAUUGUGUGGCGUCAAUAUUUAUAGAACAACUGAGGCCACAGCUUCGCACAAUUUUGCUCUCGUCGCACAAGUCUCCUCGUAAAUUUCACAUGAAGUGUUACUAAUUGCUUGGCUGCUGUGUGCUUUUAAACUUGUUCAUGCCUGCUUUUGAUUAGCAUGCUGUUGCUGUGUUUUGCACAAACCAGGUUUCAUUAGCAUAAUGUUUCUUUUGCACCUGCAGUAUGUGUAACAUAGUGGCUAUGAAAGGGGCAGAUUUGCAGUGGAGGCAGGUGUGAAAAGGAUGACUGGCAAUCUAAGUUUCAUGUUGUAUUUGCCAAUGAAUUGUGUAUUAAUUUUGUUUAGCCCUGUGAAUGUGGCAUUUCAUCAACUGCAGAGCAGUAGAUGAUUUGCAAAGGAGUGAGACUAUGUCAUCAUUAUGUAACACUUAUUUGUUUGUUCAGUACAGCGAUCAUGACUUGGCAUGCCUUAACUGCAGGAGUUACUCCUUAGUGGUUCUAUCACCCUUGCAGCAGAGAACUGUGAACUUGUCAUGAUUCAGUCAUAUUACUUGAGGCAAGUGCAUAGCACUCGUUUGUUUCAAGACAAUUUGCUGAAGUUAGAAACUAAAUUGGUUAGAAGUUGUGUUUUUUUUUUCUCAGUGCCAAAAGAAUAAGGCUGACAAUUUGUAAAUUCUGGGCUUUCACUAUACUUUGUUCAGCAGCAGUUAAAAAAUGGAAAAGGCUGACUUGACUAUAUCUUUAAUUAUUAUGCUAACUCUUUACUUACUGGUAAAGGGCUACAUAGUUUGGUGCUUACAUUGUGGACAUUAACUAGCUAAUCACUUUGUUCACUGUUUUCAUGGCCGCUAUGAAACAUGGUAGCUAUGUGCAGCUUUUAGUGAUCGAUUUAUUGUUUUCACUUGUUUCACAGUGUAGUGUGAGGGGUGUCUAGUGUGCCUACUUGCCUCAGGAAGGUCUUUAUAGUAUUUUGUAUGUAUUUAGGCUGUAAAGAAAUUUAUACAUAGAUAUAUAUAUAUACACAUAUAUGUACACCAUAUAUACACCCUGUAUGUAUACAAAGAUUAAUUGCCUGGGAACUAACAGAGGGUUCAGGUAAUUACGUGCUAAAGGACCACUGACAGAUAUGUUUUUAUGUAUUGAUUAUUGAGCACACAGCUAGUCAGGGUUAGUGUGUGUGUGUUUGUGUGCCAUAGCAACAUUGCUGUGGACAUAUGGCAAACAUUCCAGACAUGGCAGGCAACGCAUGCUGCUCUUUUUCAAGUGUGUGCCCUUGCCUCAAUUUAUCUUCAUCUGGGCUGUUGCCUUUACCACGAUGGAAGGCAUUCACAUUCCUGCAGUAACACUUUGUUCAUGAAGUGCCUUUCGGAAUCUCCUCAUCAGAGCUGCACAGUAUUUUCACCAUGCAGGCACACUGCAUGUACCUGUUAUCUUGUAUUAUGUUUUCGCUCUUCUCGUUGUGCUGUUGCACACACCACUUUUGAUUGUGCAUUUGGACAAUUCCAGAAUGUAUUGUUUGUGAUAGUAUUGUUUCAACCGCCUCUGAUCAUGCCAAGGCAGCAGCAUACCUGUGUUUAAACACAUUGUCAUUAACUCUCCUGUGUAGACUGGUUGCUAAAAUUUUUUUUUCUGAAUUGUGCCUUGCACAUUAGCUGGGAACAAAAUCGGGCAAAUCUGCUGUUUCAAUUUUGGCAGUACGUUUUUGCUAACUUGAUGCUGUGGAUGGUGAUUGAAGGCCUUUGUACCUCUCGCCUAGAGCUUCCUAGCCUUGCUUGAUUUCACAAAAACAAGCUUUUUUGGGGCUUUUAUUGUCCUUCACCCCUUUUGAUCAUGGCAGCUUGGAAUAGCCGUCCAUUCUAAAGUUCUUUGCUCUUAUCAUGAGUGUCCCGUGCCUUCUGCACCUUUAAGGGUGCCUGCAAGUUGACACAACUGUUUCAAGUGAAAGGCUGCAGUGUACAGAACCACUUCCUACAAUGUGUUGGUGCCAGUGUGUGACUGUAAAUAAUCUUGCACAAUCUGCAGUGGGCGGUGUAUUAAAUAAACACUGUACUUUU